AAGACUUACUUGCCAAGAAAAUCCUGUGGUUGGUUUAUACUUCUGUCUCCAGUUCUAGGCAAGUGUGGGUUUGCUGAUUUCUGCAUCAGAGGAUUCUGGUGCUGCAGGGGGAGGCUGGACAGGGAGAGUCACCCAUGAGGCUGAAUCAUCUUCCUCACAAACACCCCUGGUUCAGCACGAGAAGACGUGGAUUUUGUCCUACAAGAAAUGAGGUAGAAGUUCUUCCUGAAUGUCACUUCAACAUGAUCUUAGAGAAGUUCCCUUAUUCAGUUUUACUUCCCUUUAUGUGAAACAAAAACAAACAGCUCCACAGUAAGCAGGGCAGGAGAGUAGCCAGUGAGCAAUGAAAACUCUGAAAUUCUGAGUUUGGAUCAAGCCUGUGUGCCAAGGACAAUAUGAACAUGAAAGAGAUUUUCAUCCUGCUGCUGGAUCUGUGUUUGGUCUUCUGUGUUCAAACCAUAAGAGAGAGUAUCCCAAUGAAAAACUUGAAGUGCUACAAUGACUACAGCUCACAGGUGACUUGCACAUGGAUGGAGCAUUUAGAGGCUCAUGACCUGGUUGCUAUGAUUCUUUACCAGAGGGAUAAUAUUAGUACGAAGAACAAGGACAUGUUUUGCAAACGCCAGCCAGAAAAUGACUUAAAUGAAACUCCAGACAUGUAUGUGCACUGGGUCUGCCACAGGACUACAGACUAUUUUGGAAUAGGGGUAGAUGAUAUUUAUGGCUUCAGACCUAAAAAGGUGCUUCAAACAGAACUGAAGGUUAAUCUUUUCCAAAAUGUUCAGCCCCUCCCACCUCAGAACCUCUCAGUCAGCUCAACAACAUCAGGAGACUUCUUGCUGACCUGGAAAACAGGCGAUGGAAGCCAAGGGCUGGGGAAUGCACUGGACUAUGAAGUCACUUACAAGCGAGAGUGGGAGUCCUGGGAGGAAGCUGCCUCUCUCUUGCUGUCCAACACCACGCAGUGCAGUCUCAGCCACGAGGGCCUUGUCCCAGGGAGCAGCUACGUUGCCCGUGUGCGAGCCAGACCGGGCCAGGCCAGCAGUUUCUCUGGGCCGUACAGCAAGUGGAGCAUGGAGGUGUCAUGGAAGACCCCUGAAGGUGACCUUCAGCCCAGGAACCUUCGCUGCCUCUUCAGUGGUGGAGAUCGUCUGACAUGCAGCUGGGAAGUGAAGGAAGUGAUCACCACUUCUGUCCUCUUUGGCUUGUUCUUCAGGGCCACCCCAGCAUCAAAAGAAGAGGAGUGCUCUCCUGUGCAUGAGAAGACUUUGCCUCACACCUCAUAUGUGGUUCAGAGCUGUGAGAUCCCUGUUAACAAUUCCAGCAACCAGAGCCAGUACCAUGUGUCUGUCCGGGCCAAGACAGAGGAGAAGCUGAUCGAAGCCUACAAAAACAUUCAGGUGCUGCCACCAGCAAAUGUGACAGUAACAGCAACAGAGAACCAAGAGUAUGAACUAAGGUGGAAAAAACACCAUUUGAAUUACAGCUUCAUAAAACAGAGAUACCAAGUCAGGUACUGGGAAAACAACCGAUAUGAAAAGACUCUCCAGGAGUUAAAUAUCAACAAUGAUGAACCUCCCUUCAUCUUCACCCUGCAGAUGCUGGCAGCAUCUACAGAAUAUAGGGGGAAAAUGCGUGCAAGGGUGAAUGAGCCUCUGGCAUAUGAGGGACCUUGGAGUGAAUGGAGCGAGGAGUUCACCUGGAAGACUGAGAAUGUUCUGGCACCUGUGAUUCUCCCUGUGACGCUCCCAGCUGUCAUCAUCGCUCUGCUGAUCCUUGCUUACUGCAGCUAUAAGUAUUUCCUCAGGAAGAAGAAAAUGUGGGAGGAAAAAAUACCGAACCCCAGCAAGAGUCUCCUGAUCCAGAGCUACCUGGGGAAAGGACAUUUGGGAAGUUGGCCAACAAGCAACCAGCUGGACUUCAACAAAUACAACCUUUCAGAGAAGAUGGAGCAGGCGAGCUUCCUGCAAGUUGUAGACAGGCAGGCAAAGACUUUGGCAGAGUGCCUUGAAGGGCAGACUAGGAAGACAGAUGUUUUCCCUGUUGCACCGGACCUACAGAACUCAUACCAAGCUUUAAAUGAGUCAGAGCACACCCCAGCUGCCUGCUCAAGACAGAGUGCUGGUCAUUCCUUUCCCAUUUCAAGGAGAAACAGUGCUGAUGCAAGUAUUGCUUCCCACACAGCAAUCCCUUGCUUUGCUUUCAAUGGUCCUUACUUGUACAGCCCAGUGGUGUCCUCUCACUCUGAUAUACAUCAGACUCUGGAAAAGGACCCCGUGGGACUCAGCAAGAAAUCGGUUUCCCUUCAGUAUGUGGUUCUCCCAAGGGAAGACUCUCCCCAGGUCCCACAGAGGCAAGAACAGCCAGGAGCAGCUCCUCCAAAGGAUAUGCUCCCAGAUCUGAAGGAAACGAUGCAGCACCUCAAUGACAAGGAAGGAGUCUCACCGGCCUCACCAGCCUGUGGGGAAGACACCAGCAAGGGAACAGAGGAGCAGAACUCUCCAAAGGCUCUCAGCUGUUCCACAUCUCCUCAGCAGUGCCCCUUGGAGUACGUAGCCACAGACAGCUCAUUACUGCCAUCAGUCAGCACCUCCACCCACCCUCCACUGCUCACACCUGAGGAAUCACCCCGUGGCUCUCAGGAGCCACAGCAUCUCAGUGACGACUCUUGCUAUGAGUUUUCUCUGGGGAAAACUGGUGUCAUGAUCCCAGUUUCAGGCCAAGCACCAACCUCAUCUCCUGAAUUGCACCUGGAUACAUUUGGUGACUAUCUUACUGUGCCUGAAGGUCUCCAUGAACAUUCAAAAUCAACAAAGAUUUCUUUGCCUGUCUUACAGAAGGCAAAUGGUAUUCCUAAGAAGCAGCCUUUGUCAGAAGGUAACUUGGUGGUGUUAAACCCUGACAGCACUGAGCCAGUUUUCCUUUGCCAGGUUGAUGACUACUGCUUCCACUGCCUAAAAUCCACUGUGAAGAUGGAUAAUAGUCAGGAAGAUAACCAAGUCAAGAAACUUUCUGAAGGCGAGACAACACUUGAGCAGCCUGUAUGUGAUGAUGAAUGUGUCAUGGGCAAGGAAAAGGAUGUAUGGAAGAGGGAGAAAAUUGAGGCCAUUCAGCUUUUCAAAAACCUGAAAUCAGAUGAUUACUUUUCCUGGCAGCAAUCUUUGAGGAUCAAAGAAAUCUGUUAAAUGGUAAAUAUUAAUGAAUACCAAAGAGACAGGUAACUGAAAGAAGUUGCAACUAUCUGAUGAAAAUGAACCCUCAAACCUAGGAACAAAUAAAGACCAGUUCCAUUCUCAAGUUUCCAGUCCAAUGUGUUAAAAUACUCGAAGUAGCUCAGUAUCAUUCUUGGUGGUCUUUGCAGAUUUGGCAUGAAAGACAGCAUAAAUAUUGCCCUUCAGUGUUUUUUGAACUUUUUGGCUUAUCCAUGAUGGACAGUUUAUCCUCCUCAUAAUCCUGUAAUACAUCACAAUCAUCUUGCAAUUACAUCAGAUUGCUUGGCAAAACUCGUGGCAGGAAAUGCAGACUUAACAGCUUGAAAGGCCAUCAGAAGAAGACAAGCUUGGAAACCUUGGAAAGAAAAGUUCUAUCCUUAAAAGCAAUUCUGUGCACUGGUAAAAUAGCUCUAAAAGUCACCAGGGAACUUCUGUAUCGCUGCUUUUCCAUGAUGGCAUGAAAUAGAUAUUGUUUAAGGUGAAAAAACCCCAGAGAGUUAUACAAGCGUAAAUAAAAAAUAAGGAAAAAGUUGUUGAAAUCCAGGAAAACUUUCCUAGUGGUAAUGUGCAGUAUAUCAUGGUGGAUUCAAAGGAUAAGAAGGAAACAUUACUGGGAUACAUAAAGCAAGUUCUAGAGAACCAUUUGGAAGAAGAGAUGUUACUGAAAGAACACCUAGGGGCUCCUAAGGUUCAGUGAGAGAGAGUGGGGCAGAUAACAGAAAAUAGCAGGUAACUGGUACUGAGAAGGUGCACAAGGCUGUAUUGCUGGGGUUCAUCUAAGUGUUGAAGUACCAUAUGAUUUUCUUUCAGGUUUAUUGACUACUUAUGCACUAUAUACUUCAUCCUAAUGAGUAACUGAUUCUUAGUUUGUUUUUUUUUUUUUCCUUAAAUAAUGAGAGUUGAGAAAGAGGAGACCUUUUUUCCCAGUUUGUAUAGAAAGUGGUGCAAGAUAAGAGCAUUUGUUCAGAACUGCUACUCUGUGAAAAGGCUUUGGUUUCAGACCUGAAGGUGGACUUGACUUACAAAAAACUAUAUUUUUUCAAAUAUAAAAUCUAUAUUAAUAAACAUAUUAUUUCUUCCUGUAAGUAUUUAAUUUCAUAUGUUAAAAAUAUUGUGUUUACAAUAAAAUUACUAUUAGCUCAUUUGCUCAGUGUCAAAAAAUUCUAUCAGUUCAUCUAUGCCAUAUGUGAGGUAGGACAUUUUCUCCUGACUUUGCUGUAUUACUCUGUAUGACAGAGAAAAUGAGUUCUGUGUUUGUGCCACCCAAUUCCUCCUGCUGGGUUAACAGGAUAGUGCUGAUUCAGAAAUUAGAGUAAAAUUAUUUGGGUUUUUGAGAAUUUAAUCCUUGUAAAUACCAUUUUAAAUCUGAAAGGUGUGCAAAUUGAACUUGGUGGUUUUCACAGCAGAAGGCAGGCAGUUGUAGUCUCUGACAGAGAAUAGUGAUGAGCACUUUGAGACAUUUGCAAUUAAGACCUUUUGCAAUUAAUGGAUAUUUUUUUGUUAAUCUCUUCUUUGGCCUUUUAUAAGUGGCACAAUUAAUUUCUUCCAGGAUGUAUAAUUGUGCUCUAUCAAAGCAUGUCCUAAAAGGAGAUGUUCGAAUUCAUAUGCAAAUAUUGUAUCUGAAUGAAUAUCUUAGAUAUGCUUCACUUUUCUGAGCCUUGAAUAAUGAAGAAUAAUGAGUGCGAGAAGUUUUGUUCAACUCGGUGGCUUUUGGAUAAAGCCCAUUUGCAUUGUGAUCAGUACUCUGACAGCUCUCUGUUCCUUCUGUUCCUCUGCACUUCACUGGGCAUUUGCAGAGGCUGAUUUUGGAGACAGGAUUUACAGAUAAAAGCACAUCUUUCCUACAGAGAUGGUAUUAUCAUCUGAAGGAGCCUGUAAUUUGCAGAGUAACAUGCCAUUGUCAGGAUAGGGGAGCUGCACAGUGGUUUGCUUGCCAACUAUAACAAUUCAUCUAGAGCAGAAUGAGUUUCUGCUCUAGGGAGCCUUUGUCAGUAUCCACCUAAGUACCCUUAAAUAAAAUAUGUAAUGAACAUUGGAAACAGAGCUCAUAAUCUAUGACUCUUCUCUGCCAGAGGAAUACACUUCUUACUGGAAUCGAAACUUCUAUAAACUUAACCUGUUGUUGAUCCUAUGAAUUUUUCAUUCUCUUCUGCAUGAGGUCCAGAUGCAGUGAGGGUGGUAAAAAGCAUUUUACAAUCCUGUAGUUUGGUGAUUCAAAACUUAGAAAUAGUCAUGAGUCCCAGCUCUUCAACUUUCUGAUCAUUAGCUAUAAAAUUACUGUGCAAAAGCAAGUUGCUGCUCCCUUUCCCAGUGCUGGGUACUGAUACACAGCAGAGGAAUCACCAUUCUGAUGAUUCAGGAGCCAAUUAUGACAUGCUCCUCUCUGUAGGGCUCCUCACUAAGUAGUUCCAGCCCCUCAGCCUGUAUAUCUGCAUGAUGAGUCACCAGUGUUUCCUAUAUAGUAAAAGAACGAGUUAUGAGGUGAUUGCAACCCUUUCCUGCAUACUCAAACAUAAAAGAUUGUGCCCAUGUUUUAACAGCAGGCAUUUUUCCCUGCUCUGAAGUAAUCACUUUAUUAUUUCCUUAUCAUAAUCUUCACCAAACAGAAACAUCUUACUUGAAUUUGCAUGAGAUUAGGGUAGGAAGUUUGUGACCUCAGUAGUUCUAAUUAAGGUCAAUGCUGAACUGGUCUGUUGCUGUAUUUCUGUAGGCUUGGGAGUUGUCUCUUAUGUAAAGAAGAAAAAUGGGGCUGAAUGGUUUGCUAGAAAAAGAAAUCUUUGGUGGAAAGCCCUCCAACACCUCAAGGAACAAUGGCUGGAAAAUUUUAGAGAGUCCUGUACCUCUGCUGGGUAAUGGAAAACCAACCAACCCAUCCUGCAGGCCCUACCUAGUUUCUUGUUCACAAGCACAUUGUACACACAAUCUUAUUCCUAUAGAACUCCACUCUGUCUCUUCUUUUCACUCCCUACAUACUCCCUCAGCUCUCACUAUGGAGAUAAAAUUUCCAUGAAAAGAAACUCCAGAUGUCGCAUUCUGCACAUGGGGAAUAAGUAACACUAUGACUUGAAGCCUCUUUUUGCCCUUUAGAAGUCCUUUGAAGUGUGUGCCAGGAUUCCAUAUGUUCCAACCCUGACCCUAUCAGCUCCUCAUACUACACAAUGGAUAUUCACCACAAGGUUCAGUGGGUGAACCCAAACUCCUCCACAAAUUUGUACAAGAUGGACCAGAUUGAGGUCAAAACCUUUGUAGGCUGGUUUCCAGAUUGUGGGUAGGGAACCCAUCAGUCCUCCUUCUCGAAGGAUGAUUUGCUUGUCUAGAGAAGUAGUUUUGAAGCUAUCUAAAACAACUGCACAGCUUUUCCUAUCCUCUUUUAAAAAAAUUUCCAGCUCCUUGCUUUCAGUGCGUACAUACAUUGCAAAGGUUUAGGAUGAGUACUUUUUAAUCUUCUAAGCUGUUUGCACUUCUGCAGCACUUGAAGUUACAUAAGAUAUUGACACACAUUUUUGAGUUUAUUUAAUUCACUGCAGA